UUUGUAGCGACUACACUCCCUCGAGUUGCGGGGGUAAGAUUGCAAUUGGUUACGAACACCCAAUCGGCGAGCAGCUCAAGGUUGGAGGUUAAAGGCUGCCCACUCAGUUGUUUGUGGGCGCUCUGCUCUCUCAGUUCUCCAGUAAUGUAACCCAAUUAUGGUCGUUUUACUGCGCCGAAUUAGUACUGCCUCUGUGCUGGGAGCUGCUGCCUGGAGACUCGGUAGGAUUCGCCAUACCCACGUUGUGGGUUCAUAUUAUUUUUACUCUGGAGAGGCUGUUAGAAAAUCUGACUUUCUCUUCAAGGCCAAGAUGAAGAUUGAGCUGUUACCAGCGCUGACGGAUAACUACAUGUAUCUUGUCAUUGAUAAUGAAACCAGGGAAGCAGCAAUAGUGGAUCCAGUGGAGCCAAAUAAGGCAAUUGAAGCAGUUAAAAAACAUGGAGUAAAACUGACCUCUGUCCUCACCACGCACCACCACUGGGACCAUGCUGGAGGGAAUGUGGAUCUGGUAAAGAAAGUACCUGGCCUCCACGUCUACGGUGGUGAUGCCCGCAUUGGAGCUCUCACAUGCAAAGUAUCGCAUAAGAAAAAGUUCCAGGUUGGCUCUUUGAACGUGGAAUGCCUCUUUACACCCUGUCAUACAUCAGGACAUAUCUGCUACUAUGUGACAAAAGAAAAUAGUACUGAAGCACCAGCUGUAUUCACUGGUGACACACUCUUUGUUGGUGGCUGUGGCAAAUUCUUUGAAGGAUCUGGUGAGGAGAUGUAUCGAGCUCUAAUUGACAUUCUGGGAAACUUGCCACCCGAAACUAGGGUAUUCUGUGGGCACGAGUAUACAAUCAACAAUCUUAAAUUUGCGCGACAUGUUGAACCAAACAAUGAAGUGAUCAAACGAAAAUUAGCUUGGGCUAAGGAACACUAUAACCUUGGAAAUCCUACCAUCCCUUCCACCGUCGGAGAGGAAUUUAGUUAUAACCCAUUCAUGAGAGUCAGGGAGAAGAGUGUUCAGGACCACGCUGGACAAAAAGAUGCAAUUUCUACAAUGGACGCCAUCAGAAAAGAAAAAGAUCAUUUUAAAGUACCAGCAGAUUAAUUGUUGAAUAUGCCACAGCAUUCCUUCAAUAUAGGUUAUCUCCUAUACCUGAAGUUACAAUAAGGAGCAAAGUGUAUUUAGUAAUUAAUCUUCUAAAUAAAUUGAAAUUGCUUUUCAGAUAGAAUAUGUAUAAUAUAUUUAAUUCUCCUGUGUUUUAGGUCAAUGAAAAUUAUGAACACAUUCUUUAACUUUAGUUGUACAGUUAUUUGGUUUCCUCAGUUUCUCUCCUCAUUCUAGCCUGCUUGCAAGUUUACUUCAUCUGCUGCCAUUUUCUGGAAGCCAAGCAGUUUAAUUGAUUUCAUACCCAACCAAACGUCCCAGAGUUACAUCACCUAGUUGUUCAGUUGUACCAAGGCAUGAAAAGUAAAAAGUACCAAUGGUAUCCUACUUCCAGGGAUGAAAAAUUUGUAAGUGGCCUUCCAGGUUCUUCUGGAGAAAGAUAAAAGUUAUAAAAAUCACCAAGUUUUAAAAAAUUUUUAAAAAUUAAAUCUGAUUCUGGCUAAGCUGCAUGGAGUCACUUUGUUUGAGAAUAUAAUUUCAUUCCUUUUUUGAGGCAGGCAUUUCAUCAACCUUCUAUUUAUUUUACAAUCUUUGAAGGUGCCAGAAAUCAUUAAAUACAAGAGCACUUUCUUGACCUGCUGUUAUGUGAAUGUGAAAAAUGUUAAUAGUAAAAGUAAAACAUUAAAUAAUAUAAUGUUGACUUUUCUUAUUAAUUACUAAACUACAAGUUACAAAUCUUACUAUUAGAACUAAAACCAUUAAAUGGCAUUUAUAGAGAGAAACAAUAUAUAGUUGAAAAUGACGCACGAACACUUUCCUACCUUUCAUUCAAAAAUAAAGAAAGAACUGUUCUACAGAUCUUCUAUAAGAAUUUAUUUUAUGAUGCAGAUCACAUUUAGUCUUGACUUCCUUCUUGACAUCUUUAAUUGUAUGACGGAAUGUAUUUGGGGAAAUUGCUUACGUUAAGUCAAGGGCUAUAGGGAGGGGCUGAUUUUAAAAAUGCAAGAUCUCUUUGUGGUAGACAUAAUAUAGAUAUUUAGCAGGUGCUUUCAAUGGUAUGAUCUAGAAUCUAAGUGUAAACAGAAUAAGUGGCAUGAAGCAGUACAUUAUCCAAAAUUAAUUGCAGCUUGACUAAACGGUUCUGUGUAAAAACUGUGUAAGUAUUGCUCUUGUAGAACUUAUUUUUCUUAAUCUAGGUUAAUGCCUUCAGCCAAGACCAUGCAAUCAUUAAUAAAACCAGCACAUGUUGA